AUGCCCCUCUCCCUUGCCGUCAUUGGGGCCGGACCCGCGGGCUUAACGCUCGCGCGUCUCUUACAGGUCUCGGAUCUUGACGUCUCCAUCACGGUCUUCGAGCACGAUGCUUCGCCGACGGCUCGUCUGUCCCAGGGCGGGACACUGGAUCUGCACACCGACACUGGACUCGCCGCUUUGAAACAAUGCGGGCUCUGGGACGAGGCGGUCAAACAUCUGCGAUACGACGGCGAGGAGUUGACGAUCGCCGACAAAAACGACACGCACAUCCUGCAUAUGAAGGGCGGAGGGCCCAAGAUCAAGUCCAAGGAGAGUGGUGGGGAAUUGGACUACGAGAGGCCCGAGAUGGAUCGGGAGGCGUUGAAGGAUCUAUUGCUGAAGAGCGUGAAACCUGCGUGGGUGCAGUGGGGGAAGACGCUGCAGACGAUCGACCCCCAGACGGGAGUGUUGAGUUUCAGGGACCGUACCACCGCUGGGCCGUUCGACCUGGUGGUGGGCGCGGAUGGGGCGUGGAGCAAAGUCAGACAUGUCCUGACAGAUGUCCGGCCGCAGUAUGCUGGGGUUUGUGGAUUUGUUGGGCACAUUGCCUCGCCGAACGAGGAGUAUCCGCAGUUGUCGAGGACGGUGGGGCGUGGGAGCUACUUUGCCUGUUCGGACGGGAAGUAUUUAAGCGCGCAGAGGAUGGGGGACGAGAGUAUCAAGGUGGGUAUGUGGUCAAAAAAGGGGGGUCCACAAGGUGAAAGCUGGCCGGCGGACAUGAUGGCAGCGUACGGCGACGACGAGGAGAAGCUGAAGGACAAGAUACUCAAGGACUUCCACGACUGGACGCCGAAGCAGAGACGGUUCGUGAAGGUUGCAACCGAGUUUCGGCCCUGGCCGCUGUACGAAUUGCCAGUUGGGGAGUUUUGGGAACACAAGAGAGGGUAUACAUUGAUUGGCGAUGCGUCCAGUCUGAUGACCCCAUUCGCAGGCGAGGGGGUCAACAAGGCUAUGAGAGAUUCACUUGAACUGGCUGCCCAGUUAGAGCACGCUCUCAAAGCAAAUGGCGAUGUGGACGAAGCAGUGCGCAAAUAUGAAGAAAACAUGUUCCCACGAGCGAAGAAAUGGCAGACAGCCACGAUGCGGAACAAGGACGGAAUGUUCAGCAAUGCAGGACCCGUGACGUUCUUGGUGGGCAUGGUUGAUGAUAUUGCUGAGGAGAUGGGGAAGGAUCUAUCGAAGGGCGUCUUGAGUUGGAUCCCGUUCAAGACUAUGGUGUGGUAUUAUGUCGUUUCCAGACAGUGGGUUGGAACAUGGAGGAGGCGCUUGAGCAGGAUGAUUUGGGGGGAGGAAUGA